UGGACAUCCUUUAGGGCCAAGUGGAAAUGUAGCGGUCCUGAGACACUGUGUAGAUCGAAAUCACCGUCAAGAGAACACUCAAUAUAUACCACCUUCACAUUAAAACGCUUGUACCCUCUUUCUGCCUCUCAUGAAGGGAUACCGUCGAUCUUUCUUUUGAUCAUACGAAUCCGGAACACCCAUCUUCCCCCUUGUGCAACAGAUCCAUAAGCAGUAGCACUGGGCUGCAUUUAUUUUUCUUCUGGACGUGUGCAGAAAUCACAACUGGAGGAAAUCUGGCGGGCAACUGGGGACUUAUUUUUCCAACUCAUGGAAACGACCACGAAGGUGUGCGUUAUUACCUGUGGGUGUACACGGUCAGGCAGCCGUAUUGUUAAAACAGAGCAGUGCUUCAAGCAUUAGGAAAGAUAGUGUUGAUGUUCCCGUAAUACUCGAUUCAUACAGCUGUUUCACCUUGGAAGCAGGAAAAUACAAACCACAAGGCAAAUGUGUUUAAGAAGAGUUCUAUGAAAAGUAACCAAGGAAAAUGAACAUGGAGGAAUUUAUUGAACAGAACAAUGUUGCCAUUCACAAAAAUGAUGCUGAAGCUGGGAAAAAAAAUUGCCUCAUCAACACUAGAAACGUGAUGGUGGAAACCAAAGAUGGCUUGGUCUCUGUGUACUCUGCGCCACAAUACCAGGGACAUGUGGCAGUAAACUUGUCACCACAAAACUCUGUGGAGAACAAUAAAAAUCAUUCAUCCCAGCAGCUACUUAACCCAAGUUCGCUUCAGCAGACUAUGGAUUCCCAUUAUUGUCCCAAUAUCAUUCUGUAUUCUGAGAACGUGCUAAAAUCCUGGAGUGAAAGCAUGAGCACAGACUGCUGUGAAACAACCUUCAUUGAAGACAUCUCACCCACCAAAGAAGGCCUAGUUGCCAAAAUUCAAACGCUUUCGUAUGAUGUCAAAGAAGAGGACGAGUUUCAAGAACUGGAGAGUGAUUAUUCCAGUGACACAGAAAGUGAAGACAAUUUCCUCAUGAUGCCACCCAGAGAUCACUUGGGUCUUAGUGUCUUCUCUAUGCUUUGCUGUUUCUGGCCACUGGGAAUUGCUGCCUUUUAUUUGUCACAUGAGACCAACAAGGCAUUGGCUAAAGGAGAUUUUCACCAGGCAAGUUCCAGCUCCAGACGGGCUCUUUUCCUGGCUGUGCUCUCCGUCACCAUUGGAACUGGAAUUUAUGUUGGUGUCGCCGUGGCACUCAUAGCUUACCUUUCAAAAAGCAACCACUUGUAAGAUUUCAUGUCAAAAGCUUUUUGACCACCAGAGCUAGGAACUGUAGAGACUGGCCUUCUGAAUUAUGAUGUUGCUGUGGGAGUGGGCGGCUGCUGUUGUUGUUGGAGUGGUGGUGAGGAAAUCUUGGACAUGCAUAAAACUCUUCUCCAGAAUUCUGGGAGAAAAGCGUUUCACUGCAACUGCUUUUCAUUGUGUAGGACUGGUGUAGGAAAACCAACGAGUAGCCGAAUGCAACCUUAAGCUUGUUUUGUUUUUCAUUUUAUCACUGAACCACACACCCACCAGCUUUUUUUUUAGUGGCUUUUACCCCUACACUUUAUGCAGUUAUUGUCCAUUAUUGGCACUUUAUGCUAUAUUAAUGGCACUCUUGUCAAAUUAAAAUUGCAGAGGCAGUUUUUUGUUGUUUUUCUAAACAGGACACUCAUGAGUUGUCUAGGCCUAAUUUCUAAAAUAAAUAUGCCAUUUUAAAAGGAGGCAUGUGUAUAGUACAUUUUCCUAAAAUAAUGCCAAAACAUAUAGUACAGAACAUACUUUAUUUAAUCUAGGGUUAACACAUUGUAACAUGAACCUGACGCAGUACAACCUUCUGUGGAGGCAUGUAUUAUGCCUUUAACUGAAUGAUUUUCUAAAGUAAAAAUAAAAAUAAAUAAA